AUGAGGGUUAAUCCUCCCGGGUCACGUAUCUGCCGACAGACACCGGAGACUUCUACCUCUAACGUCACCCACGUGCAGAUUAACGAUGAGGCAGCCGCUGGGGCCCUUGAGGAACCCAUGAUGCUCCAUGUGCAUGAUUUGCCGCAGCUCUAUCAGAGACCGUCAGCAUCGGCGCUCCUUCAUGUUCUGGAUCUUCUCGUGUCAGAACCGCCUAGCUUUUCGUCUCCAGGGAAUGUCAGUCGCCCAAAAAUAAGCGAGGAGGGAGUUCCGAGAUAUCUCACAUCAAUUGUCUCGUCCGGGCUGAGUUGGAUUGUGGAUGAAGACCAAAGGGAUGCGAUAUGGGGCGCUGCAAGUGCCCGACUCAGUGAACGCUCGGGAAGGAAUGCAAUGCCUGCAAUGACGCGGUCAUUUGAGAUCAAUGAUGGUCUCACAGUCAACUUACACGAGCCUACCUUGACAGAAGACAAUCUCGGGCUGAAGACAUGGACCUCGUCGGUCUUACUAUCACGCCGACUCCAGGAUUGUCGGAGAUACAUUCCAGGUGAAGCCACUCGAGUACUGGAGCUAGGUGCAGGUACUGGUUUGGUGGGCAUUGCAGCUGCUUGCAUAUGGAAAACACACGUGCUUCUGACUGAUCUACCAGAAAUCCUUCCAAAUCUUCAGCGAAACCUCGAGCAGAAUCAGGAAUUGAUCACAAGGAGUUGUGGAAGCUACGAGUCACGCGCACUUGACUGGGCUGAUGAGAUGGACUCGCCGCAACGCGACGAGGACAAAUUCAUGGUUAUCGUUGCGGCGGAUCCUAUUUAUUCAGCUGAACACCCCAAGAUGCUUGUGGAUGCUGUCAGCCGCUGGAUCUGCAGCUCAUCAGAGGCUAGGUUCAUCGUUGAACUUCCGUUACGUGAUCGCUAUGACAAGGAGAGACAAAACCUACGAAAUACACUGCAACAGCAGAUGUUCGAGUUGAUUGUUGAGGGUACAGAGGUCGGUUUCGACGAUUGGUACCAGCGAGAUGGUAGCCCGUCGGAGGUCACAUGUUGGUGGAGUAUAUGGAGACCCAUUGUUGGAGUCUGA